UGAACAAUAUUUGCGGGAUCAGAACUACAAAUAUUCUCUGAUUCAUGGUUUGGAAUUAAUGAAAUUAAAGGAUGUGUUGCAUGCCAAACAAAAACAGCUGAAACGCGAGGGUCUAGGAAAUAAGCCCCAGCGAGCAGACUCAAUCACUUAUAAUGAAAUCGACGAGCUAUGGAACACUAACCAACUAGGACAGUCCACCCCGGAGAGCAUUAUUAACUCGUUGUGGUUCUUUAACACGAUACAUUUUGGCUUACGGGGCAGCGAUGAGCACAGAAGUUUGUGUUGGGGUGACCUGAAGCUUUGUACAGAUGAUGAAGGCAAUGAAUAUUUAGAAUUUGAAGAAAGGCAGUCUAAAACUAGGCAAGGGGGUAAUCCAAGGGAUGUACGGGAUGUUAAACCAAAAAUGUGGGCAAAUGAAAUUGUGGGCGAAAAAUGUCCUGUUGCAAUUUACAAGGAGUAUACAAGUAGAAGACCAGCUGAUUAUUGUAAACCAUCUGACCCAUUUUAUAUUGCAACCCACACAAUGCAGUCAAACAUAAAACCUAGUGAUCAAUGGUUUAAACGACAACCUAUCGAACAAAAUAAACUUACCUCAAUAAUGAAGAGAAUGGCGAAAGCAGCGGGUCUUCCUGAAGACAAACGUCUGACGAACCAUAGUGCCAGAAAGCAUCUUGUCCAGAAACUUUCUGAGAACAAAGUUCCGCCAAACCACAUCAUGCAGAUCACUGACCAUCGAAACUUGCAUCCCAUUAAUAACUACAAUACCUACAGCCACAUCAGUGAACAGCAACACAAUAUCAUAUCCAAUAUCUUGGCGAACACCAGCAAUCCACAGCAAAUGCCGUUUCCUUAUCAGUUGAACCAGAUGUCGGUCACAAGAAACACAAUGAAUUUCGCAGCACAUGCUUCUCAGUACACGUUUAAUGGCGGUUUGAAUAACAUGUUUGCUGGAAGCAUUUUCGGAGGAACAUCAACAUUAAUUCUGCUCCGAGCAACCAAUGCCAAUCGCCAUAUUCAAGUUGUGAGAGGCAGGAAACACACAAAAAAUGCCGCAGAAUAAUUGUAGAAAGCGAUAGCGACUGACAUUUUAAUCCUUGUGUACUCUUGACUAUGA